AUGAGGGCUGGGCUGGUGGUGCUCUUGGUGCUGGCCAUGGCUCCCGGGGCUCAGGCCCUGUGGCUGGGAAGACUGAACCCCAAGCAGCUCCUCGGGCCCUGGUACAUCCUCGCUGUGGCCUCUCGAGAGAGGGGCUUUGCAGAGGAAAAGAUCACAAGGAAUAUUGAAGGGGUGGUGGUGAGCCUGACCCCAGAGAACAGGCUGAGGAUGCUGGCUUCACGGAGCGGGUUGGAGGGCUGCAGGCUGACCUCUGUGGAGCUGUUCAAGCAAGGCUCAGGCUGGGUGUUUGAGAACCCAGCACUGGGGGUGCUGGAGUAUCGCCUGCUGAGUACCGACUUCAAGGGCUACGCCAUUGUCUUCACGCAGCUGGAGCUGAGGGAUGAAGCCUUCAACACGGUGGAGCUGUACAGUCGGACCCAGGUGGCCAGCCCCAAAGCCAAGCACCUCUUCUCUAAGUGGACCAGAGACCUGGGCUAUUUGACCCAUCAGCAGUCCCAGCUGCAGGAGGACUUCACCUGUGCACACAAGAUCCUGCAAGUGGGCCGCUCUCAGACACCAUCCUGGGGCCUGGAAGGACGUCCCAUGGCCAGUGUGUGA